AGAAAAACUCGGUGUGGUUUGGUGGGGCUCAGCCCAAAGCCACCCUCAGGGGACCCGCAAAGCCGCGACAAGGACACGCCUCACCCUUGUCCCGGCAGCAGAAUCCGAACUCCUCAGCCCUGCCCCAAACCUUCCUCCCGAACACCCGGAUCCUCCCGGAUUCCAACAGCUCUCGACUCCUUUUUCCUGAAACGCUGGAAAAACCUGGAGCGCUUCCAGCGUAAAUGAACGGCGAGAGAAGAAACAGCGGCGGGGUGGCGGGAUCUCCUCCGGGAGCUGCUCCGGGACCGAGCCGGGACAUCCCGGUGCCCCUCCCGUGCCAAUGGGGCGGGCAGAGCCGGGAGCCGCCCCCGGCGGAGCCGCGGGAGCCGCGGGGAGCGGAGCCGGAUGAACGCAGAAUUCCCCGGCUGAGCCCUCCCGAGCCAAGAACCGCGUGCGGGGAGGCCACAAAUGGUCUCUGUGAGCUGCCAGGACCUGCUGCCCGCCUUGACCGGCCCUUCCCUGCUCGAGAGCUUGGCCAGCGCCCUGCAGUGCAGGAUGMCACCGUCCCUUCUGCCCGGCCAUGGCGGUGACAGAACACUCGGCCACCCAGAAAGCUCCGGCCACMUCCUGGCGGGUGGCACCGGCCACACCGAGGGCAUCGCGCUGCCCGGUGCCAACGGGGAGCCCCCCAAACCCCAAAGCGCCGAGGCUCAGCUCCGCCUGCCAGAAUUCUGCCUCUCGCAGGACUUCAUCCCCACCCUGGAGGAGAUCGAGGAGUUCCUGCGGGAGAAGGCAGAGCUGCCCCGGGAUGGAGCCGGCGAUCCUCACCCUGCGGGGUGGAAGGUGGAGGGCAGAGGAGGAGGAGGAGGAGGAGGAGGGGAUGAUGUCCCCAAGGCCGCAGGGACAGCCCAGCCCGUGCCUGCCGCCAGCGUUCCCGUUGUCCUGCAGCUCCAUCCUCUCCCGAUGGACAGCGCGGCCCCUCCAGCGCAAUGCGGGGGGCUCAGGGUGGCCCAGCUCCUCCUCAGCCUGCAGACCCCCAACCUCCCCCUCCUCCCGCACCUCCAGCCCCCCGCCACCCUCCCGGACCAAAAAUACAUCAAAAUCGCCCCUCUGCCCGCGGCCGCGGGGGACGGGAGCGAGGGGGAGGCGAUCCCCAGGCUCCAGCAGGGCUCCCCUUCGCUGCUCCGCGCCCACCGCUGCGCCCACCCCGGCUGCGGGAAGGUUUAUUCCAAGAGCUCCCACCUCAARGCUCAUUUCCGACGGCACACGGGGGAGAAACCCUACAGCUGCGCCUGGCCCGACUGCGGCUGGAGGUUUUCCCGCUCYGAUGAGCUCUCCCGCCACAAGCGCUCCCACUCCGGGGUCAAGCCUUACCAGUGCUCAGCCUGUGAGAAGAAAUUUGCCCGCAGUGACCACCUGGCCAAGCACCUGAAGGUCCAUCGGGGCCAGCCCUACAGCCCACGGACACUGCCAGGGGGCAGCAGGGGUUAAUUCCUGCUGUUCAUCCCCGCCAGCCGGAGAACGGUGCAGAAAUCACUGAAAAAGGGGAAAUGAUUCCUCAAAAAAUGAUGGGAGAUUUUGUUAUCGCUGAGUUCCAGGGUGAUGACAUUGCCAGGUUGUUUCUGUCCUUCUCCGAAAUACAGCUGAUGGAAAUCAGAGUGAAUUUGGGGUGUGUGGAGGGAAGUGAGGUUACGCUGUGAAACAGGAAUCGGGCRUUGCAGCAUCCCAAAAUCCCAGGAUGGUUYGGGUUGGG